AAAAAACGCCGGCGGUUCGGUGCGGAGUGACGCGGAUCGUCCCGCGCGCGCUCGUCGUUCCACCUUAAAUCGGCGCUCGGCCACGUGACGCUCGCUGGAGGGGCGGAACCCCUCAAGAAGAGCAGCUGGAGAGCGGCGGAGCGGCACCGUCCGUCCGUCCGUUCGCGCUCGGCCAGGAUGUCGGCGGGACCCCGAAGCGCCGCCGCCGCCACCAAGUUGACUCACCCGGGAAAAGCGAUCCUCGCAGGUGGCAUCGCAGGAGGAAUUGAGAUCUGCAUCACUUUCCCCACAGAGUACGUCAAGACUCGGCUGCAGCUGGACGAGAAGGCCAAUCCUCCACGCUACAGCGGCAUCGCGGACUGUGUGAAGCAGACUGUGCAGAGCCAUGGGCCGAAGGGCCUUUACCGCGGUCUCAGCUCGCUGCUGUACGGCUCCAUCCCCAAGUCUGCAGUCAGGUUCGGGAUGUUUGAGUUCCUCAGCAACAAGAUGCGGGACGAGUCCGGCAAACUGGACAGCACGCGGGGGCUCGUCUGCGGCCUGGGGGCCGGCGUGGCCGAGGCCGUUGCUGUUGUGUGCCCCAUGGAGACCGUGAAGGUCAAGUUUAUCCAUGACCAGACCUCCGCCAAUCCCAAGUACAGAGGCUUUUUCCAUGGAGUCAGAGAAAUUGUCCGCAGUCAAGGGCUCCGGGGAACAUACCAGGGCCUGACGGCAACUGUGCUGAAACAGGGCUCCAAUCAGGCGAUCCGCUUCUUUGUCAUGACCUCCCUGAAGAACUGGUACAAAGGUGACAAUCCCAACAGGACCAUGAACCCGGUGGUUACGGGAGUGUUCGGGGCAAUAGCUGGGGCUGCCAGCGUAUUUGGCAACACCCCCCUGGAUGUCAUCAAGACCAGAAUGCAGGGCCUGGAGGCGCACAAGUACAAAAGCACCGUUGACUGCGCCAUUCAGAUCAUGAAUCACGAGGGCGUCGCCGCGUUCUACAAGGGGACAGUACCACGUUUAGGCCGUGUGUGCCUUGAUGUUGCCAUUGUGUUCAUCAUCUAUGAGGAGGUGGUGAAAGUGUUAAACAAGGUGUGGAAAACAGAGUGAGGAACCAGUGGGUAAGAAUGGAGCCCUGGGCAGAGGCUCUUAUAGGAGCUCCGUGCUGGAGGAUCACGUUCGGCUAAUUCCAGCAUCACUGGGUGUCCACUAUGUGCUUCUGGUGAGCCCCUGUUGCCACACACACACACACAGAGUAUUAACAGAGUAUUGAUGUGUCUGAUUUUAAUGACAACAUUUCAAUUUCCACAUUGAGGUGCUGACAUGUCUCCAUUCUUUACCGCUUGUCUUUUUUUCCUCUUCAGAACCAGCAGCAUGUUUAACAUUUUCCAUUUUUCUAUGUUUCACAGCCAGCCCAUAAAUCUGUACUUUCUAGAAAAAUUUUAAUAGAACAAAAUAAUCAGUUAUUUACAGUACAAACAUGACAUGUACUUGUGAUGAGUAAGACUUUAAUCCACCAUUGCCAAUAUAUAACUUGUUAUAGUGUCAAAUGAGCAGUUUGCUACUGUCUCACUGAGAAAUCACCAUUGGUAAACCCAUCGAUGAGGGAAUUACUGAAUGUGCCACUUUUUACCACUUUCACUGCAAACUAUUUACACACUGUAGGGGGCGAUUAGCUUCACUGUAUAAUAAUGUCUAAGUCAGAGACCAGUUCAUAAUAUUUAAUAGUUGGAUUUCUAUUGCAUUUUCUAAGCUGGUUUACAGCCAGACUGAAUAUGGUGUCAUUUGCAUGAUCUUCAUUUUCAACACUGAGACCUUUGUUUUUACUUUUACACCAAAAUAUAGAACAUACUUUCCUGUGAUACACUCUGGUUCUUCUCUUACUGCUUUUAGUUUCUAUAUUCGUCACACCUUGACUUACAUGUAUAGUAUUAUGUGUAGUAUUUAUUUUUCAGAAAAUAUACAUUUGGAUCUGUCCUCUACCUCCGAAUGCCUUCCUAUGUCUUAACCCCUGACAGGAGAGCGUGGUGUCAGCGGUGUGACUCAGUGCCGCCAUCAUUACUUUCUCAUGCUGUGUGUACCACCGGUAGCUUUGACACAACCACAUGUUUUACACUUCGCAUGCAUAUUUGUGGGUGCAAGGAUAUAAUAUGUAACACCAGACAAAUGGACAUUUAUGGACUCAGUCAUGAUUUAUUUAUGCAGUAAUCACCGCCUACCGUUAGCUUCAGAGACCAAUGCCGACUGUAGCUAAAACACACCUCAACAAGUUUUAAAAGAACAAAAGUGAUAUGUGGGAGCUUUUCGCUUGAUUAUUAUGCUGUCAUUUUCAUAAUUUAUAUAAUUUGUAUUUAUAAUUGCGCUGUAUGUACUUCUGCCUUCAGUGUUUACAGUAAUGUUAUGUCUGUGGGAAGGAUGUGCUUUUGCCUGCAUGCCUUAAAGAGAUCCAUAGAUCCAUGUUUUUCAUGGGAGUCACGUGUACAACCGAUCACAUGAACAGCGGACGCAAGACAUGCUUCUGACAUUCCAAGCAGAGUGAAAUGCGCAACAAGACUGCAGCACCGGAGAACUGAGUGCGUCUGUCGAGUCCCUCGCCGCAUCUCCCAAACAUUUUGUACACCCCGGUACCACAGGCAAGAAACUCCAGGCAGUGGGAAAACGGAGGUACGGAAGUGCUUAUUUCCAAAAGAAAAGAUGUUAAGUGUUAUGUGCUGCUGCUGCUGUCUGAACUGCAAACCAACCGCCAGUGAAAUUGAAGCGCAGUUCCAGUUUCCAUGUGCCAUGCGAGUUGUGUACUUCAGACACGCCAACUCUCAUCUGUCUUUCUGAUCAUGUCUUAUUACUUCAGCUGUGUGUAGAUGUUCACUGUUCCUCUACUUUUUGUGCCAUUGAUAGUAUGAACCUCGGAGUGCUGUGUUGGUGCGCUUUUGUGCCUUGAAUGUCGUGUCAGCAGAUGAACUUGUCAGAUUUGUGAGCCAUGUAUCGUUCGUGUGAGCGUGUUUACUGUGUGUAUGUGGCUGUACUCCUGUUUUUGGUACAGUAGAACGUGCCACCUUUACUAAUGUGCCUCUGUUUCAGUUCACGGUAUAUUUAUGAAUAUUAAUGUCACGUAUACUCCUAAUAAAUUAUGUUA